GAGUCUUAUCCUCUCUCAUCACCCACCCAUUCUUCAAUCAUCGCCUUCUGAAUCCACCCAGCCUAGCAGCGAGCUCUUUCCUUGAUUAUAUAUACGUUUUACGAUUCUUUUAGUUCUCUGAGACAUGAAGAGAUUUAGAUUCGGAGGAGAAGAAGUCGAGAGCAUGAACAUGGCGAAUGUAUUGAUGCUGCUCUCUCGAGGAGGAGGCGGCGGCGGCGGUGGCAGCGGCGAAGAGAGUGAGCACUCGGCGCAGACAUCGCCGGGCCGAGUUUUCGAGUGCAAGACGUGCAACCGCCAGUUCCCUUCGUUCCAAGCGCUUGGCGGCCACCGGGCGAGCCACAAGAAGCCAAGGCUCAUGGCUGAGGGCCAGCUGCAGGGCGGCCUCGCGAAGCCGAGGGUCCACGAGUGCUCCAUAUGCGGGCUUGAGUUCGCCAUCGGGCAGGCCUUGGGAGGCCACAUGCGGCGGCACCGGGCGGCGACCGAGGGGUUCGGCCAUGGCCUUGUGGAGAAGAAGCCCGAGGGCCGGAGGGUGUUGUCCUUGGAUCUCAACCUGCCGCCGUCGGAGAACGAUAUUGAGUGCCGGAAAAUUGGCUUUGGGAUUGAGAUUGUAGAUAAGAUUCCCAUGGUGGAUUGUUUGCAUUGAUCUCUACCAUGAGGCCUUGCUUCGUUUGUAUUGGUUUGUUUUCUUCUUUUUAUAAAUAUUAUUAAUUACCAGCUGCAUCAUAUGUUUGAGAAUAGUUUCAUCUCCUCAUAUCCUCAUGGUAACGAAUUAAAAAUGUCGGCAAGAGUAUGAUGCUUGCCCUGUUCAAA